AUGGCAAGCCUACGAAAAACCCACCCACUGAUAAAAAUUGCUAAUGAUGCACUAGUUGACCUCCCAACACCAUCUAAUAUUUCAGCACUAUGAAACUUCGGAUCUCUUCUGGGAUUAUGCUUAAUUACUCAAAUCCUAACCGGUUUAUUCCUAGCAAUACACUAUACCUCUGAUAUUUCUACCGCAUUUUCAUCCGUCACACAUAUCUGUCGGGACGUUAAUUACGGCUGACUUAUCCGAAAUAUACAUGCCAACGGCGCAUCAUUUUUCUUCAUCUGUAUUUACAUACACAUUGCUCGUGGCCUUUACUACGGGUCCUACCUCUACAAAGAAACCUGAAAUAUUGGAGUCGUACUACUUCUUCUCGUUAUAAUAACAGCCUUUGUAGGCUAUGUACUCCCAUGAGGGCAAAUAUCCUUCUGAGGUGCCACAGUCAUUACAAAUCUAUUAUCAGCGGUACCCUAUAUGGGGGAUACCCUUGUACAAUGAAUUUGAGGGGGCUUUUCAGUGGAUAAUGCAACACUAACACGAUUCUUCGCCUUCCACUUCCUAUUCCCAUUUGUAAUCGCCGGUGCAACUGUCCUCCACUUAUUAUUCCUACACGAAACAGGGUCAAACAACCCCGCCGGGCUAAACUCCGACGCAGACAAAAUCUCUUUCCACCCCUACUUCUCUUAUAAAGAUCUCCUCGGCUUUGUCCUGAUACUGCUAGCUCUAACAUCCCUCACCCUAUUCGCCCCCACUCUUCUUGGCGACCCAGAAAACUUCACCCCAGCAAACCCCCUAGUUACUCCGCCACACAUUCAACCCGAGUGAUAUUUCCUGUUUGCCUACGCUAUUCUCCGAUCUAUUCCAAACAAACUAGGAGGGGUCCUAGCACUGCUAUUUAGCAUUUUAGUACUCUUUGUAGUCCCAAUUUUACAUACCUCAAAGCAACGAGGACUAACUUUCCGACCAAUCACUCAAUUCUUAUUCUGAACCCUAGUAGCAGAUAUAAUUAUUUUAACAUGAAUUGGGGGCAUACCUGUAGAACACCCAUAUGUUAUCAUUGGCCAAGUAGCCUCAGUUCUAUACUUUGCACUAUUCCUUCUUCUUGCCCCACUUGCAGGAUGAGCGGAGAAUAAAGCAUUGAAAUGAGCUU